UCUUUCCUGUUAAUGAACGUGACAUUCCGUAGCAAAAUUGAGAAACCAACUAGCACAGUUAUUUAACAGCCUUUAUUGAUGUAGAGUGGCAGGAACGUAAUGAUAAUAUAAAAAAAAAGACAUCUCUUUCCAUAUUCACUUGUUCAACCCCACUGAAGCUGAACAUCACACUUGUCUUUUGAGGUUUGGAUGCCUUUUGUUAGGCUUCCGUGUGUAUCAGAGAAAUUGAUCAUCCUGGAUUUCAAAAAAUUAGACCCAUAUUUGCAUGCUUUGUUUAUAUUUUAAUUCAUUUUAUGUGCUUGAGGUAUAACAACAACAAAAGCAAUACAUUAUGCCUUGUAUGCGUACAACUAAAGUCAGGUUGAGUGGCUGAAGUAAAGAAAUGGAUUAGCAAAAUGUGAGUUUUGUUGAAAGUAAAUCUUAACAUGACAACCUGAUUGAAAAACAGCCAAGAAUUCCUGCAGUGGCAGAAAUGAUGCGUUAUUGAUGAGCUGCCUUGCUUUAAAAAGAUUCUAGGUUAUAAAACAACGCACUCUAUAAAAUUAGGCUUACUGUUCUGAGGGACUGAUGGUGUUGCCUGUGGAGGAUUACCGAUUUUAGCGUGACUGUGCGCACCGGAGGCCACAAGGUGGCAUCGCUCCUCCUGUCUUAAGCAGAAGAUCUCGGAGCACAGUUUGGUUUUGUUGGCGUUCAGGAUAUCAGCAGUGAAACUCUACAGGACAAAGAAGAUAAAAAUUUCAUACUGACAACAAAGGAGCUACAGCAAUGGGAGUGACUAAUCUGUGGCAAAUCCUUGAGCCUGUGAAACAACCUGUCAGCUUGACCAGUCUCAAAGGAAAAACACUUGCUGUUGAUUUAAGUCUGUGGGUUUGUGAAGCACAGACUGUUAAAAAGAUGAUUGGAGUAGUUACCAAGCCACAUCUGAGAAACCUGUUUUUUCGUUUCUCUUUCUUAACAUCAAUGGGAAUUAAACUAGUAUUUGUCAUGGAAGGAGAGGCCCCCAAGUUAAAAGCAGAUACCAUGAGUAAAAGGAAUGAGGUGCGCUAUGGACCUUCAAAGAAGGCUGGAACAGCAAGAACAGGGAGAUCUUUAUUUAAAGCUGUUUUAAAAGAGUGUCUCAAACUGCUGGAGUGUUUAGGUGUCCCUUGGGUUCAAGCAGCUGGGGAAGCAGAGGCAAUGUGUGCCUACCUAAAUGCAACAGGACAUGUUGAUGGCUGCAUUACCAAUGAUGGAGAUGUCUUCUUAUAUGGAGCUCAAACAGUUUAUAGAAACUUCGCCAUGAAUGCUAAGGAUCCCCAUCUUGACUGUUACACGAUGUCCUCUAUUAAGGAGAAGCUUGGUUGUGACAGAGAGUCUUUGAUUGGGCUAGCUGUUCUUCUGGGUUGUGAUUAUCUUCCAAAGGGCAUUCCAGGUGUUGGGAAAGAACAAGCUUUAAAGUUAAUUGAGACUUUGCGAGGUCAAAACUUACUGCAAAGGUUUGAGCAAUGGAAAGAACAAUUUUGGUAUGAUAAUAAUCCACCUUUAGUUGUUAAAAGGGUAAUUCACUGUUCUGAGUGCCAUCAUCCAGGAUCCUACAAGGAACACGAGCACAGUGGGUGUAAAUUCUGUGAAAGCACUAAGUACUGCAAACCCAGUGACUCCAAAUACUGCUGCCCUUGUGAAUGGCAUCAUUCAGAGCAACUGAAACAAACAAGUGCAGUGGAGGACAAUAUCAGAAAAAAAGCUAUCAGUUGUGAGGGCUUUCCAUUCCCUGAGGUUGUCCAAGAAUUUCUUGUAAACAAGAAUAAAUUGGUCAAGAUAAAGGAAUGCCAAAGGCCCGAUUUAUUGUCCUUUCAGAUAUUUGCUUCCGAGAAGAUGGAGUGGCCCAAACAUUAUGCUUGUAAGAAACUGUUAACACUAUUGACACGUUAUGAUAUGAUCCAGAGAAAAUCUGGAUACGUUGACUCAAAACAACUGCAGGCAAUACGGAUAGUCAAGACUCGAGUUAAAAACGGGAUUCCUUGUUUUGAAAUUGAGUGGCAAAAACCAGAACAUUAUGUUGAUGCAGAAGAUGAGCCUGCAGAGCUGUUUGUAGUCACAGUAGAAGAGGAGUCUUUGUUCCAGGCUGCUUAUCCUGAUGUUGUUGCCCUUUAUCAAGUGGAAAAGUCAGAAGUUCUGAAGAAGAAACAGAAAAACAGGAAAGAUGGACCAAAAGAAAAGGAAUUGCCAAAUGUUUAUGAUCAAGUUAGUGAUCUUCUGUCUAAAAUGAAUUUAAAAUCUAGAUGUGGAAUUCCUCCUGUACAAGACUCCGCAUCAGAUCUAAAAAUUCCCCCAGAAGAUCAGAUACAUCAAAGAAAUACUGAAUCAAAAGAUCCAGCUUCAUGCAUAACAACCAUUCAGAUGCCAGCAUCAGCAGCUGCUCUGCCUCUGGAUGCAUUGCCUUACUCGCUCUUACAGGAUACAUUGGCUGACUCAUCUGUAUUGCCAGCACAAUGGACUAAAAAUUCAGGAGUAUCAUCCUCUUCCUCUGUAACAGCUGGUCUACAGCUGAGCAGCAUUGAUAGGGCAGUAACCUUCAGCACUUCACCAGCCCAUGGGGGUGAUGCCCAGGAUCCAGCAGCUGACUUAACUACACAGAUAAAACACUCACAUCCCCUAAGUCAUGAAACAGUGAGGAAUAGCUCAGAAUAUUCCGAUGCUAUGCAGUCUGAUCAGUAUUCUGAUAGUACAGAUGAUCUGUUUUCAGAAGAUGUUACGGGACAACUUCAGGAGUGGUCUUUAAGUGAGCGAAUACUUAAGAAGCCUUCCAUUCCAUUAAAGCCUUUGUCGUCUGUAGGUGUAAUGCAACUGGAGUCUUUGAAAUGUUUUAAAUCAACAAAAGAAAUAUCGAAUCACAGUAAGAAUUAUGCCUCUUCUUCAUAUCGGUUAAAUAAACUAGUGCAGGAGAGUAAAAAUAUGGUAUCAGAAAACUCUGCAAGGGAAUCCAGCAUACACGCUUAUCAAUAUCAGUACAGAAAAGCUGACAGCUUGGACGAAAUGGUGCAAAAAGACCAUAAUAUAAACAGUUCAACAUCUCUAGCCCUCAGUGGGCAAACAAAACAGGCGCUUCAUCCUGGACAUGAAGUGCUUCCAGCAUCACAAAAGCCAGCAGAUGUUGUAACUGGCCGUCACGUGAAAGAAGCUUGUACUCAAACUACUCAGAAAACAUCUUUUAAAAAGAGUGUGUGUCAGAACAGAUGCUCUUCUAGCGAGGAAAGUGAUGGUGAGAACAUGAAACAAAAUAUGAUUUACGAACAGCAGAAAAGUCAACUGAACCCUGUUCAGUUUAAAAAACGUCUCACAAAGGCGAAGAAUGAUGCUGUUACUAGCAAAAGAACAAACAGUGACUCAGCCCUUAAUAAGAAAAAGCCAAAUUUAAAAAAAGCUGGUACUAGCUUGUCAUUGCGAGUGUCUCCAGAACCAUCCUCUGUAGGGAAAGCUAAUUGUUCCCAAAAUCCAAAGCAGCAGUUUGAGAGGUCAGGUUCUGGUCCCACGCAGCAAGCCGAAAGUGCUCUUCAGACUUAUGUGUGGGCAGACAGUCCCCUUCCCCUGUCUGAAAGACUAAAAGGAAGAAUCAACAUCAAUUAGGUUCUCCAUAAAACAGAUUAACUCUGAACUUUCAGCUCUUACAGAGCUCUUUCUCAAAGUUUCUGUGGUGUGCUCUGUCAAUUUUAAGUGAACACAGUUUUGAUAAAAAGUGUCUUGAAUUACUGUGUACAGGUGCUGAAGUUUGAAAUUAAAAUGCUAGUAAAACUGCCAAAUAGCUGAUUAUGGGCAAGUGCCAGUUAUUCUGGAUUUGAUGACAUUCUGAGCUUGAUGUGUAAGUAUUGGGAUACAUUAUACAAGGGAGCACGGGGGGGUUGUUUAUGAAAUAAAGGGGACCUAGGCAGGGGCCAGGUUUUGUGUACAGCUGUUCAUCCUUCUGCUUAUAAAAACAGACUUGCUAAAAUAGUGCCUGUACCUGCUGUUGGAUAUCCUAAUAAGACAGUUCUUCCAACUGAAAUUUUCCAUUCUGCUCCUUUAACUUAAUUUUUAUAGUUUUAAAAUGGGUUUUCAGCUCCUGGGAUGUUGAUUGUGUUGAUUAUCUCUGAACGUCCAGAUAGAGACACUCUGCAGAUGUGCCUUGCAGGGUAGCUAAAUCUGUAUCUGCCGUGCCUUAUAAUAAACUGUUCUUUGAGUGCAUGUGUCUUCCAAAGAAUGGAAUAAGCUAUGUAAGGAUAUUCUGGUUUUGUAGCUGUCAUAUCUAAUAUUUAAGGAUAUUCGAUGUCUGUUUUAAAAAUUUGUAGUUUGGGGCAUUUUUUUCUUAAACAGGAUAGGAAAUCCCAUCUAACACUCACUUCUACUUAGAAUAGAACGGUGGUUAAGUUACAGAAAAUCUAAUCUAAUCAUGAUAGUGCAGAUUCUUUGAAUAAUAUGGAAAUGUUUGGAUUCUAAAGGGGGAACUUAAAUACAAUUUCAUCUUUGAUGGUAUUCUUCUUACCUCUUUAAUUAUAGAAGAAGUCUCUGUUCAUAUACCCCCAACCCCCCCCGUCUUCAAGAGUUUAUUAGAAAACGCCUCAUUGACUAUGUUUAAAUGUUCAUAACUUUUUCUGUGGACUAGCCAGAAGGAAGGCCACUCUUG